AUGAGUACCGUGCAGGAGCCUUCUGGGCCUUCGCUGGUGACAUCGUCGCUACUGGCCGUCGCCAUCGUCUUCCCCAUUAUAGGCACGAUUGCGGUGGCAGCGCGACUCUACGGCAACCUCGCCAAGCAUCGAAAGCUGUUCGCAGAUGACUACAUCGCCGUGCUUGCCCAGCUGGCGGCAUGGGGUAUUUCCAUCGACAUGUACGUUGCCGCUGCGCUGGGUGGCGUCGACAACGCCAGCACCGACGUCCUCUCUGCGACCACAAUCUUCUUAAGGGCACUCUGGAUUGAGGGAUUACCCCUCAUCACCAGCUUGGUGCUGGUCAAGACGUCCUUGUUGCUGUUUUACCGCCGAAUAUUCGUCACUCCGGCUUUCAGACUGGCCGUCUGGAUCUACAUCGGCAUCCUAAUCGCAUGGGGUAUCGCGAUCUUCGUGGCCCAAGUACUGACCGCUGACCCGAUCACUGCGGCGUGGAAUCCAAUGGCAUCGAAUCCCCUGCGGUAUGACUACAACACGUACUCUAUUGCCUUCGCGGCUAUGAGCAUGACCUUUGACGUUAUCGUGCUGUGUUUUCCGAUUCCCGUAAUCUACAAACUGCAAAUGUCGACAGUGCAGAAGUUCCAAGUCCUCGGCAUUUUCUGGCUUGGUAUCUUUUGCUGCGUUUCAUCCGCCAUCCGCUUCUACUACAUCUAUAGCGAUAUCCGGAAAUCGGUCGCUAAUAUGGGUGCCGACCGCUAUACCUCCAGCGCGACGGCCACGACCUGGGCCAUUGUCGAGCCCAACAUGAGCAUCGUGGCCGCAUGCCUCCCGACGUACGGUAAUCUUUUUGGUAUAGCCCCGGCCGUGCGCUCUGCUUUCCGCAGCCUCUGUACUUUUAUGUCUUCGCGCGGUGGCGGCAGCGGCAGCGGGGGCAGGUAUAGCAGCCGUGGUGGCUCGUCCUUAGGGUCUCCGUGGUCGCCGGGGAAGGGAAGCUCGGUGGUCAUACGGAGUUCGGCCACGGGGGAGUCAUAUUCUCCUAGGCGGGCCUCUAGCCGAAAUAACUGGCGGCUGCUGGGGAAGGGUGACGACGCGGACGUAGAGCUGGGGGAGCGUGUCAGUUCGGAUCACAUCCCUUUGGCUUCGGAUCCCCAACGCAUGAAUAUCUCGGUUACUCGGAGCCUUUCGCAGUGGGAGUCCCCUGUUCAGACGGAAUCACGGCGGGGUGAAUGA